AAUAACUUUACAGCAGAUAAUGGCCCAUUUGGACUCCAUUCGAAAAGAUAUGGUCAUCCUGGAGAAAAGUGAAUUUGCAAACUUGAGGGCAGAGAACGAGAAAAUGAAAAUUGAAUUAGAUCAAGUUAAACAGCAGCUAAUGAAUGAAACGGGUAAAAUCCGAGCUGACAGCAAGCUAGACAUCAACCUGGAAAGGAGCAGAGUGACGGAUAUGUUCACAGAUCAGGAGAGGAAACUGAUGGAAGCAACUACAGAGUUUCAUAAGAAAGAUUCAAGUACCAACAGUGUCAUCUCAGAAAUCAGCAAUAAAAUAGACACGGAAAUAGCUUCCUUAAAAACGCUCAUGGAGUCGAAUAAACUCGAUACGAUACGCUAUUUGGCAGCUUCAGUAUUCACUUGCUUAGCAAUAGCACUGGGAUUUUACAGGUUCUGGAAAUAG